AUGGCGCAAGGGUUUGCCCGCGCGGCCGAACCAAUUUGCCCGCCUCCUGUGCCAAUUCGCCGCGCCGCCCGCCUCGAUUUGCUAGCUCCGGCGACCACCGACGCACUGGCCAGGCGAGAAGGAGAAAAUUGGAAUUUUGCCCUCAUGCCAGCACCAGGCCACGCCUCCUCCCGCUGCCGCAUCCCGUCGUCGGGCACGACGGUGCCUCCGUCUGCGUCAUCUCGGACGACCGCCCCAAGUCGUGGUCCCCUCCCUCCUUCGACCUCCUCCACGAGUCCAAGUCGCCCCACCGUCUCCCCGUCUCCGAGGCCACUCUCCACACUCCGCACGGACUACCGACCCUACGAGUCGCGGCGCCGCCUCGCGGCCUCCCACGACCUCUUCGUCGCCGACCGCGCCAUCCUCCCGCUGCUGCCACGCGUCCUCGAUAAGGCGUUCUACUCCACCAAGAAGGCUCCGAUUGGAGUCGAUUUCACCCGCGUCGGAUGGCCAGAGCAGGUGGGUAGGCUGGACAUGGAGGAAGAGGAGAUCGUGGACAAUGUGAUGGCCGCGGUGGAGGCGGCUGUUGAGAAGGUGCCAAAGAAGUGGGCCAACGUUAGGGCGCUGCAUCUGAAGGCUGUGGAUUCAGUUGCCCUACCAAUUUACCAGGUUGUGCCAGAGUUGGGUAUGAAAAUCGAGGUUCCUGAAAUUGUUGGAUCUGGGGAGGUCAUUGAUGCUGCAGCAGCGGAGACUCACGGGAAGAAGAUUGACAAGAAGGCGGCAAAUGCUGGUGCCAGUGGAAGAGUGGUAUUUGCCAAUAUUAGUGCCAAGAGGAAGAGGAAUAAGAAUGAGCAGAUUGAGGAGGAUGUUGUGAUGCAGGAAGAAGUCCAGGUGGAGACAGAGAAAAAGAAGAAGAGGAAGAGCACUGCGGUUUCUGCUGAUGACAGCCAGAAGGUUGGCAAGAAGGGUAAAGAGAAGGACAAGCGUGGUUUGGAAAAUGAAAAUGAGGUGAAAGAAGCCAGUUUGGACAACGAGAAGAUUAAAAAGGGGAAGACUGAGGAGGGGAAGAAAAAGAAGAAGAGCAUGAAGCGUGAUGGUGAAGUCGGUACUGAUGAAAUACAGGAAGAUAAGAAGAUCAAGGGGGAGAAAUCGGAUGGCAAGACCAAGAAGUUGAGGACCAGGGCUUCACUUGAGAAGGCCACCUAUCACUUAUACCGCAGAACUUGGUCCCUCAGAGAUUUCUUCUGA